UUCAAUAUGGGCGAUUACCUGACCAUGGCGGCAUGUCUGUGCUGCAUGGUCAGACUGGCUCUGAUCCACGUCGUGCUGACCUGGGGAACCAAUAACGUUCCAGCAGCGAUCCGAAAGACGAAGAUCUUCACAGAGGAUGAGAUCUACAGGAGGGAGAUCGGAAGCAAGUUUGCCAUCGCUAAUCGCGUCUUUUACAAUUCAUUCCUUUGGCUGCAGAAACUCGUCCUUCUUGAUGUCUAUCGACGUCUUCUCUUGAACCUACGUUACGAAAAGAUCAUCAUGAUCUCUUUCCUUGUUGUCUUCUUUGUCACUUACGUCGCCGUCCAAGUCACUACCUUCAGCGAAUGCAAACCCUUCCACUUGUACUGGCAAGUGGUUCCUGACCCUGGUUCUUGCGCCAAGGCUCAGCUACAACUCAUCGUUGUCGGCGUCCUCAAUAUCGUCACCGAUGUAUUGCUCCUCGCCGUUCCGAUCCCUCUCUUCUUCUCCCUCAAGACAUCCUGGAAGCGAAAACUCAAGCUAUAUGUCUUAUUCACUCUUGGCAUCUUUAUUGUUGCUAUCACCGUUAUUCGCCUACCGAUCAACGCGACCAAUAAGGAUAGCCAAGUCAACCGAACGACGUGGGCCAGCACCGAGCUCCUCACAGCCACGAUAGUCGUUAACGCGCCCACCAUCUACGGCCUCUGGAAUAAGAAGAAGCAGGACUCCGCCUACUCUAACUCGCAUGGGACUGGU